AUCGGCACUGGCCGAGGCCCUGCCCCUCAGCACGGUUACGUCGCAGUCUCCAACACGGGGCUUUGCUGGUAGCGGGGACCUUGAGGGCAAACCAUAGGUGCGACAUUGCACUCUGAACGGGAUGACCUUUUUAAGCAUUUCUUUUCAAAACACGAACACGAAGUUUUGUCUCAACGAGACCGAGGCCAGAAACGUGUGCGUUGCCCAGGCCGAGCUGCUCAGGCUGAACCCGUAGCGCUAAAGCCAGCGCUGCGCUGCGCUGCGCUGCCUGCGGCGCCUGGUCUUCCCCAGCUCUUUGCAACACGGGAGUUGCUGCUCGUCUCUUUGCUUCAGGCAAACCCGAGCGGCAGCUGCGAGGUGGCUAAUGGAGAGGGGCUGGUUCUUUGGGGAAGCGAUGGCAAAGAGCAAGGGAGUUUGCUGGGGUCUAUCCUGAGACAAAUGAAAAAAAGGCUGAAAUACAUCAUGCCGCCUUUUCCUCCAAAUUUCCCCAGAAAUGGUCUCCUAUCCAAUGACAAGCACAGCUGGCCCUGCAAGGGAUGUGCAGUCUCUGUUACUGGAUGCAGAGGCAUCACAGGUGUUGGGACCUGGUGUCUGCGGGAGUCAGAGGCCAUCACGUGUCCUCCUUCAUCGGGAUGAUCCACCGAGCCCUCCUGCAUGAUGCCAGAGUCCUGCCUCAGUCUCUCUACCUGAAGACUUUUCCUAAUAUCUCACCAUGGCCAGAAAACCUGACAUCCUUUCACAUCUGCAGGAGCUCACAGAGGAGAAUUUUAAAGAAUUCAGAUACCGGUUAUGCAGCUUGGCAUUUGAUGACAAAUCCCCAGUUUGCCGUAGCAAGCUGGACAAGGCUGGCUGUGUAGAUGUUGCAGCUCUCCUGAGAGAGCACUAUGGUGAGGAGAGAGCAGUGGAUGCGGCUAUCGAAACCUUCAAUAUGAUCAAUCGGAGGGACUUGGCUGGGAAACUCCAAGCGGAAAAGGACGGCGCUUUGGGCCCUGACCAAACCCAUGGAAGAAGAGCAGCAGGUUACAGGGAGAAGUACACGGUACACGUACAGGACAAGUAUGGAGUAAUAAAAGACAGGAACUCUCUUCUUGGUGAGAACGUAAUUCUAGACAGCAGAUACACCAAGCUGAUUAUUGUAAAGGAAACACGUGCCAGAAAGGAAAGACAACAUGAAAUAAUGGCCUCCGGACAGAGACAUGCAGAAAUCAUGUCUGAGCAAAAGAGAUCCAUCACCAUUGGUGACUUAUUUGCAGCUGAUGAGAAGGGGAAAACUCCGCGAAUUGCUGUGUUGCUGGGAGCUGCAGGGAUUGGGAAAACACUGACAGCAAAAAAGAUCAUGUUUGACUGGGCGGCUGGAAAGCUUUACAACGAGAAGUUUGAUUAUGUUUUCUACAUAAACUGCAGAGAAGUUAACUUUGACACGGAGCAGGGAAGUGUUGCAGAUUUGAUGCUAAGGAAUUGUCCUGAUCGACAUGCACUGAUUGAAGCAAUGUUGGGGAAUCCCGAGACACUCCUGUUCAUAAUCGAUGGUUUUGAUGAACUGAGAUUGUCCUUGGAUCAGCCGGAAGAGAGUCUGUGCUCUGAUCCCCAGGAGAAGAAACCAAUGGAAAUCGUGCUGAGCAGUUUAGUCCGGAAAAAAGUCCUUGAGAAAUGCUCCUUACUCAUUACUACAAGACCAGCUGCUGUGGAGGAGCUCGGGCAGUGCUUGAACAAUGAGCGCUAUGCUGAAAUCCUGGGGUUUUCAGAAACUGAGAGGAGAGAAUACUUUGACAAAUAUUUUGGGGAUAAAGGGAAAGCAAGAAAAGCCUUGAAUUUUGUAAAAGCAAAUGAAAUGCUCUUCACCAUGUGCUUUGUCCCCAUUGUCUGUUGGAUCGUCUGCAGUGUCAUCAAGCAGCAGAUGGAUGAGGGUGAAGAACUUGCACAGACUUCGACAACAGUCACAGGAGUGUACCUGCUCUACCUUUACAAUUUACUGAGGGAUCCAAGAAGCAAGUCAAAGCAACUCCUACAAACUAACUUGAAAGGACUUUGCUCCUUGGCUGCAGAUGGGGUCUGCAGGCAGAAAAUCCUGUUCGAAGCAGAGGAGCUGAAGAAGCACGGCUUAGACACAUCUGACUCCCUCUUUCUGAACGAGAACCUCUUUCACAAAAGCACUGACUGUGAAUGUCUCUACAGCUUCAUCCACUUGUCUUUUCAAGAGUUUUUUGCAGCUUUGUUUUAUGCUCUGGAAGAGGAAGCGGCAGCAGUAGACAAAGGCUCAGGAAAUGACAUAAAAGCUUUGGCAGCUUUGUUAGCCCACUAUGGGAAACCUAGAAAUCAUUUAAUGUUAACAGUGAGAUUUCUGUUUGGUCUCUUAAAUGAAGAGAGAAUGAAGGACAUUGAGAAAAAACUGAGCUGCAAAAUGUCAUUGAAAAUUAAACCAGAAUUACUGAAAUGGAUUAAAACAAAACCCCAAAGACCUUGGGACUUACAUGGGCAGAGGUCAGGUUUUUCAUCUCCAGCUGAAGAGCUUGAUCAGCUUGAGGAAUUUCACUGUGUGUAUGAAAUUCAAGAAGAAAAAUUUGUGCAAAGUGCAUUGAGUCAUAUAACGUCUGUGAAGUUAAGUUUUCAUACAUUUACCCAAAUGGAUCAAGAGGCGCUUGCGUUCUGUGUAAGAAACUGGCACCAAUUAGAAUCGCUUCUUCUAGAGGCUUGUCAGUUCAGAUGUGAAGGCCUGAAUGAAGAUGUUUCAAGAUCCCAAAAGCAGCCACCUCUGGACGAGGAGACUCACUCGUCUAUUUACCUGCUGUGUCGAGCGCUGAAAGACCCACGCUGUAACGUGAAAAAGCUACGGUUGUGGCGUUGCCGUCUCACACCCACUUGCUGUGGGGAUCUCGCCGCUGCUCUCCGCACCAGCCCCAGCCUGACGGAGCUGGACUUGAGUGGUAACGAGGAUCUGGGGGCUGGCGGCGUGCGGCUGCUGUGCGAGGGACUGAGACAUCCCAGCUGCAAGCUGCAGACACUGGGGUUGUGGCGUUGCCAUCUCACACCCGCCUGCUGUGGGGAUCUCGCCGCUGCUCUCAGCACCAGUCCCAGCCUGACUGAGCUGGACCUGGGUGGUAAUGAGGGGCUGGGGGCUGGCAGCGUGCGGCUGCUGUGCAAGGGACUGAGACAUCCCAGCUGCAAGUUGCAGACACUGCGGUUUCAGCAUUGCAAUCUCACACCCGCCUGCUGUGGGGAUCUCGCCGCUGCUCUCAGCACCAGCCCCAGCCUGACGGAGCUGGACAUGCGUGAUAACUCUGGUCUGGGGGCUGGCGGCGUGCGGCUGCUGUGCGAGGGACUGAGACAUCCCAGCUGCAAGGUGCAGACACUGUGGUUGCAGCGUUGCAAUCUCACACCCGCCUGCUGUGGGGAUCUCGCCGCUGCUCUCAGCACCAGCCCCAGCCUGACGGAGCUGCACCUGGGUGGUAACCGUGAUCUGGGGGCUGGCGGCGUGCGGUUGCUGUGCAAGGGACUGAGACAUCCCAGCUGCAAGUUGCAGACACUGCGGAUGGGGUGGUGCCGUCUCACAGCUGCCUGCUGUGGGGAUCUCGCUGCUGCUCUCAGCACCAGCCCAAGCCUGAAGGAGCUGGACAUGCGUGAUAACUCUGGUCUGGGGGCUGGCGGCGUGCGGCUGCUGUGCGAGGGACUGAGACAUCCCAGCUGCAAGUUGCAGACACUGCGAUUGAGCCUCUGUAAACGAAAUGCAGAAACAAAGCAAGAGCUGGAGGACGUGAAAGGAAUGAAGCCUGGUUUGGUCAUAGAGGUAUUGGAGGUGGACUAGGAGGAAGAUGCUCCUUCAGCUCCUUGGUCUGUCUGGUCAUAUCUGGCAGUGAAAGCACAGCGGUGCCUCCUGCAGUAACACCAGGAAUCGGCUUCUCCAUGCUGUGGGGUGGAGCAGACGUGAAACCAAGGCUGCAAACUCAAUGGGUGUGCGCUCCACUCCCCUUCAGCCGGCAGGAUCGUUUCGUUUGUUCUCACCCUCAGCCUCUCCUCUUCCUGCCUGCUCCAGGGCUGGGGGUCAGGCCCAGCGGAGGCUGUGAGCAGCUGUGGGGAUGGGCCCUGCAAGUACCCAGCGCACCAGGACCUGGACAGAGCAGCACGGACCGAGGCAGGCGCUGUCCUGUGACAAUCUGCUCCGACGUGCUGUUCAUGCUGGUGUCUAUAGCUGUAGUGAAGGGUCACCCUGGAGUGAGGCUGUUGUGAGCCAUGGGACUGGACCAUCUUGACUCAGAGAAUGACAUCGUGGCAUCUGCUAGUUCCUGUAUUUGUCAGAGUUUGCAUCCAGUACGGAUGUCCGCCUUUGCUGCAGGAGAGGGAUAAAAGGGGCCCCGUGCUCUGAGCUGGGUUCCUCCCACAUCCUCUGCUGCAGUGCCCAUCUGUAAUCAUCGUGAGGAUCCAACGCUGUGUAUAACUUAGCCUCAGGCUGUGGCAAGGCCCCCUAGCAGCCUGCCACCUGUUAGUAAUUCUUACGAUGGGAAGAUGUCAAAGCAUAUCCAGUACUGUGAACAUCUGAAGCUGUCCAAGGGCUUGUUUUAACCUCCUGAUCUGGCCGUUCCCUUUCCAGCCUUGUCAUCCUGGUACUGGGCUGCCCCACACCUUGAUCCCAAGUUUGCUUCUGUCAAGAGUUAAUGCAUCAGGAGUUUGACUGAUCAGGCUGACUCUGUCCAGUGCUUUAGCAAAGCCUUUGUGUGAGCAGCAUAUACAUUGAUCAAUAUUGCAGCGAGGCCUCCAGGGUCACUGAGCCGUGAGGGGACAGAUGGGAUGGCCAACCAGGUGCACCAUCCCACUCCGCCCCACGGGGACGGUGUCAGAGCAGGUUGGGGUAGAUCCUACCAUGAGCUGCAGCCUGUCCAGACAAAGCUGGGGUCCCCUCCUGCCACGGCAGCUCCUCCACCCCAGGCAGUCAGCCCCACUGCCCAAACAGGGCCCAGACCCACAUUGUGCCCAGGCUCCUCAGGGGACGGUGCUGGCCUGGAGCCUGGGGGGUCCUGCAUCUCACCCCCACGUGCAGCAGCUGCUUCCAGGUGGUUCAGCGCGAUGGAAACGCAGCUGCUCCCAAGCAGCUCAGUGCCAUGGAGGAAACCUCAGCCCAGCUCAGGCAGGAGCCGUGGAGAGGGGGCCUUACAGCUACAGAGGGCGUGAGCUGCCCCACCAGAAGGAAGGAAAAAUCCUCUCCGCCCAUCCCUGUCCCCACCCCGAGCCAGCCAGGAGGGGAAAGGCGCGUGCGUGUCGUGAUGCUGUCCCAGCACAGAGGGAGCUGCCCAUGGACUGCAACUGGGACCAGAGGCUGCCCCACAGACUCAGACCCCAUGGGUUGCCUUGUGCCCAACUGGGGUCAUGGGGCUGGAAAGGAACAGCCCAAAGUCCCCAGCCCCGCAGCAGCUCACCAGGGCUGUGCGCCCACCUGGACCCUCACCGUCCCAAAGGCACCAGGCACCGCAGAGCGUGUUGUUGCCUCCUACAGCUCAUCCAGCUGGGCGCCAGGGGCCACCUGCCCUGCCUCCUGCCUGACGUCACACUUACACGGCUGCCACCGCUGUGACAUCACACACAGUGCUGCCAGGCUGGGAGUGCAAAUCCUUCCACCAUGGGAAAUAGUCCCUACCCCAGGCCUAGGGUCCCUGCACCACAGAGAAUUGCCCCGCUCUCUCCUCCAGGAAGAAAAAGUGAAAAAAAACCAGCGAGGAACAAACAGGAUUUAGGAAAGCAGAGUGGUCACAGCGGGCCCGUCCUGCCCUGGCCUUCAGGACAUCAGUGUGUUUCCCCCUCCUGUAGCAACAGACGGCAACUGCCUGGGACAGACACGGGGCAACCCCCAGCACUGCUGGGCUCUGCCUCCCGCUCGGGGAGGGAAGUGGGGUCUAGCAGCUACAGCACGGGAUGGGGAACAAGGACCAGACAGACCGAUAAUGGGACAGAGGGCCCCAACAAGCAAUGGCCUCAGGUGUGAGCUCCUUCCUCCUUGCCUUUCCCAGCCCCUCCUCCCCGUGGCUCUGCAGCAAGGGCCCCGUGGUGCUCCAGCUGGGCACUGCCCCCCACCUGCUCCCACUGGGGCUCCCUCCAAACCAGGCCAGGAGCUGGGAGAUUGUCCCCCUUUGUCCUGCAAGUGGCACAGACCCCGGCCCCGGCCACGAUUACCUGCAGGGGCUGCUCUCAUGCUGCCUGGCUGACAUGUACACGUGUGCACACGCACAUGCACGACACCCCUGCCUAAUCCCUGCUCCCCACAGCCACUUGCAGGCUGGAACUCUGCUAGCUUGCAAGAGGAAUCCUGUCUUUCCUGUUUUUCUCCCUAAAAGGAGAAAAUAUGAAGUAUUCUCCUUAAAAUUAGGAAAUGUAGGUUUUACUUCACAUUUCUAUGGCAGAUGGAAAACCUGGAUCCUAACUGAUGAGACAUGUCUCCAGUGCUGUCCACUCUUCUCUGCCCUGCCCUAUCUCCCCGGGCGCAGCAGUUCUGCACCGUCCCCAGAACCCACUUUAGGGCUCCCGGGUCCCGCUUGUGACACCCACUGUGACACCCACAAGGCUGGGCACAGGCUGGGCUCAAGUCAGUGCCCAGUGUGGCCUCAGAGGAGCUUCAUGUGCUGCUCUGGGAGUAGACUGAUCACCCGUGGGAGCUCUCGCCUCCUGUCAGGAGCAGUCACUCCCCUGUGCACAAGACAGGGCGCAUAGAAAAAUGCGAAUUAUUUUUUUUUAAUUAAAAAAUGGUUUUCUUAUUUACAUCUGAUUUUUAAAUUUAUUUAUAAGUAGCUUUUACUUUUUAAAAAUGAAUCAGAUUAAUAUGAAAUUUAAUACAACAUUGGCUAAGGUAUAAAUUUAUACCUCGUCCCUGCUGGCCCCCUGGCACAAGAUAGCCGCGGUGAACACCUUCCUCAUCCCCCGCGUCGUGUUUGUUCUGAGCGGCUCGGCGGUCCCCUAGACCCGCCUCAAGAAGGCGGACGCCGAGAACCAGCGGCUACUCAAGAAGCGGCUGCACCUGCCGCUAAGGGCCAGCAACGAGGUGCUGCACAUCCCCUCCUGGCAGGGUGGUGCCAACGUACCCCGCAGGGGAGACCUCUGCGACAUCGCGGUGGUCACCCACGCCUUCCACCUCCUGACAUGCCCAGAUGCCACAGUAAAUACCAUCGUCGCCAGCACCCUCAAGGAGACCACCCGCAAGAGGAUCAGGAGGCAGCCAACCGGACGUGACUUGGCCACCUUCCUCAGCAGCUCGCUGGAGGGCGAGCUCAGCAGAGAAAGCAGGGACUUUGCCUCGCUGUGGAGCCGAGCCCGCAACGCCAUGCGCCACCUUGGGAAAUGCAUCAGCUGCGCUUGGACCUGGACCAAGAAGCGCCAUGAGCUGGGAGUCUCCUUGCAACCAGCCCCGCACGCCGACCCUGGGACAGUGACGCCCCCGCACGAGGACCUUCCUGGAGAGGUUCCUGAAGCACGCCGUCUGCAACAAGUAUGCCGGCGACCUGGGAGCCAAACUAGACCAGGUCUUCGACGUGGCCUUGAAGUGGGACUCCAGCAACCACUUCAUGCCCAGCGGGAGCUUCACGUGAUUCACAGACUGGCGCUUCCUCCACCGCGCCCGCCUCUGAACGGGGCCGUCCGCUUCAGCCACCGGGACAAGAGGUGCUGUCCCGGGCUGCGAGAGCCAAAUGCGUCUGUGGUGGGCCAGUAGGGGGCGCUCUUGCUUUGAGCCGCCCACCUCCCUGCGCCCGACCAUCUUCCAGGCUCUGAGUGCCUCCCAGGGGUGCCUCCCGUCCAGCCAACCCCUUCCCUAGGGCACACCCGCUAGCCUGGGGUUCCCGCUGCCACCAUCCAAGGCUCUGGACUCAAUCCUGGCUCUGCGCACCUUGGAGAACACAGGCCUGAUCAUCCAACGGGUCCUAGACCCAAUACAGGCACUUGGGGCACUUUCUCAAGUCAUGGGAUUAAUAGGAAAGUCUCCCUUAGUCCACAGACCUAAGGGGCCUCCUCGGCAUAAUUUAGACCCACCCUCAAUGAGUCUCCCACACCGAUCACAAAGGAGAACGUUAUUGAUUACAGGGGUAGGGCGGAAACAGGGUAAAAGGUAGAGCAGUAUCAGAGGAAUAUCAGAGGAAUCCCAUAGAGCAAACCCGUGUGGCUGAUGGUAGCCUUUUAAACAUGCAUCUGAGUUACUGAAGCUAAAUAUCUAGCCUGAUACUAGAUAGCUUACUCACAUGCAUCGUCCAGAGGUGGUUGUUGUUUCCUCUGGAGGCAGGGCACUCUUGGAGCAUGCGGUGAUGAGGAGAGAGCCGGGUUCAGAUUCACCUGGAUGACCGCAUGGCUAAUGGCUGCCUUCUUCCUGGCCCGGGCCUUUAAAUAACGUCUCUGACCUCAGCAGCCCGGUCUAAUCGAAGCUGCCAGUGCUGGCCACAAGCCGACCAAUCUAAAAAAGCAUCACUGGCUACCUGGGCCUGUGAGCGGGGCUUCCCCUGGCCCCAGGUGAGCAGAGCAUCCACCUCCCAGGCCCCAGGCUUUUGUCAUGUAGACAAGGGAGGGAGAUCCCUGCCCUGAGGGAUUCAACACAAGCCUUGCACGCAGGCAGAGACAGGUCUCUGGAGAGGGACACAGAUGGUGACAUUUCUGCCACAGUGUCCCAAUAUCAUCGUCACCAACGAGGAGGCCAAGAAGGUCAUGGUCGUGGACGUUACCAUCCCCUUCGAGAACCGGCGCCAAGCCUUCACCGACGCCUGGGCUCGCAAGUGGGAGGAGUACGCCCCAAGGCCGACACCCUGAGGGGCCGUGGCUAUGACGUGACGGUCGACGCAGUCAUUGUGGGAACGCUCGGAGCCUGGGAGCCCAGCAACGGGAGCGUCCUGCGUCCUGCCGCGUCUCCCUCCUGCCACGCCAAGCUGAUACGCUGCCUCAUGGUGUUGAACACCAUCCGCUGGUCCCGUGACAUCUACGUGGAACCAGUACACCGACCCCACCAGACGAACCGCCGCCGGACCGGACCCAGAGGGGACCGCCUGAGCCCCCUCCGCACCACAUGGACCUUCACUUCGAGAGGGUUCUUCAGCAAUGGACGACCCCGCUCCACCCGAAGAGGACACCCGCGACGAGACUCUGUAUGGAUGGAGACACUUCUUCUUCGGACCGCUUGUUCCACCAUUGCGGACCAUUGUAACGGGUUUGUGUGUAUCUAUCUUCUUUCUCACUCAGCGUCACGAACACCCUCCCCUCCCCUCCCCUUUCCCCUUCCCCCCUUCCCCUCCCCCCGGGCUUAGUUGGCUCACAUUGUAUUGCCUGUAACCUAGCUGCGUUCCCCUCCGCACCCCCAUCCUUCUACUGUCCGUCCCUCGCUCGGGCGCUAUGUAUUUCCAUACUGGCUUUGUCAGCUUUCUUCGAUUCACAAUCCUAAACAUUUACUAAUAAUUAUCUAA